ACCGGACUGGACCGGACCAGACCAGACUCCAUUCUAAACUGCAAAGUUCCGGGAACCGAGGAUUGGGGCAGUCGGAAAUGCCCGCACCUCGCAAGCGCCGCUGCAGGCCUGGUGGGCGGGGCCCGACCCAGCGGACGGGGCCCGACCGGGGCCGCCGCAGCCCGCGCCACAACCCGCGCUUGCUCAGGGCCGGAAACCUAGGCGGGGACGCGCACGGGCGGGGCCGGAACUCCGGGCCUGGAUCACCGAGGGGCCAGGACUACAACUCCCGACGUGCCCGGCGGCUAAAAGCGGGUCCCUCCUCUGGCUCGCGUCCUCCUUCUUUCCUGUUCUUGUGACAGAGAUUGAUGUUUGAGAAUCGCGUAGUAGUAAAUCUAGAACGACGGGAAGGUUCUCUGGUGACCGGAGUUCGAGAACAGUUCACGGAAUGCCUCUCACUUGUCAGGGGCGUUCGCUUCGGCGUCGCGGAACCGGCGGUCCGCCCCGCUGGGUUUCCGAGGGACAUUAAUUGUGGCCGGACGCUGUGGCGCGGCGGUUUAAUUCUCCGGCGGCGGCUGGUAGAGCCGGACGUGAUGGUCCUGACCGGGCUCAUCAGGAAACUCGGUCAUCAGCUGACCGAGAUCAGGGAACGCGCUCUCAAGAAUAUUCUCUGCAAGGUUGAGCACAACCUCAUCUGCUACGCUGAUCUAAUUCAGGAGAAGCUGCUUUUUCUCCAUUUGCUGGAAUGGUUCAAUUUCCCAGUUGUUCCAAUGAAAGAAGAGGUUCUGAACCUGUUGAGAAGUUUGGUUCAGUAUCCCCCAGCAGUCCAGCAUUUGGUUGACCUUGGUGCAGUAGAGUUCUUAUCCAAGCUUCGUUCUAAUGUGGAACCAAAUCUACAGGCUGUGAUCGAUGGCAUUCUGGAUGGACUUUUUAUUCUUCCUUCAGAAGUUCCUGCACUUUAUUCUACCUCUUACCAAAUCAAUCAAAGUGAUAUGCCACAAGAACCUGAAAUCUUAACAGGAUAUUUUCCUCAAGACAAAAGUAAUUUCCAACACAUGGAAGUGCCUCUGCGGCCAGCGGUAAAUCAGAUCGUGAAGUGUUUGAAGUUUUCUACAUUUCCUUGGCUACCCUUGACCAUGACAGACAGACAUGUUCUUUCCUCUAAUGAAAGUUCUUUAAGAAGUAGUAACCACACGUUGAUCUGGAACACCUGUGAACUCUUGAAGGCUGUUAUCAUGCAAGAUUUUCCUGCUGAGAUUUUCCUUCAAAGGCCAAAAAUUGUUCAAAACCUUUUAGCUCUGCUGACACUGCCUUUUGGAGGCGAUGGGAAACACCGCCUGGUGCUGCAGUCAGUGUCAUGUUUGCAGCAGCUGUGCACUGGCUUGAGGCACAGACUCAACUUCCACCGAGACCCAGGAUUUUUCUCCAGUAAACAAGACACGGUUUCCCAGAAUUCUUCUUUGUCUUAUUGUCAUGAAGUAAGAGUUAUUCAUCAUUCCCAGAACCCUUCCCCAGGAAGCAGCAGUCCUCGGCCUUCUGUAGUUGGGCGCACAGGCCAGCGUCCCAGAGGGGAUGGCCAGGAUUGGGAUGCAGUGACUUCCAGUGGAAGUAGUAGUCAUGCCAAUGUGAACUCGAGGGUGUCUGUCCACUCACCUUUGGAUGUGGGACAUAUAGAUCUGCCAGAGCUAGAAACUGAAGACACAUUGGAGCUACAAUUUCAGCAGCUCAGUCUUCCCCAGUUCUGUGUCUCCAUUUUGGAAUCAGCAAUUCCUCUCUUAAGAACAGGUAGCAGACAAAUGAUAAUAAGAGUUCUGGAAUUGCUUGCAGAGGAUUUAAUACUUAUUGGUGAUGCAGUUUCAGCAAAUAUCUGGGAUGACAGCAGUCUUUUUGCUACAGAUAUGAAAGAGAGACUGCUUCUAGUGUUGGGGUCACUUGGAGAAACUAUUUCUCACCAUAAAAGUAAUGUCAGUUUGGAACAACCAGAGGUGAUGCUAGUGCACCACAGAAUGGCAUUUAUCAGCAUUUCACUUUUUACAGUUCGACUGUUACAAAUACUUCUUCCUGUGGAAAAGGCAAGCCAGUUUUUACCAGAAUCUAUGUCAGCAGCAUUAUUCCUUCUUUCUUUGGACAUGCCUUUUUCUUUGGAAUAUCCAAAUAUUCACGAAGCUGUUGUGGCCUAUUUGGAACAGCUGAAUUCUGAGAACUACAGUAUUUAUAAACGGACUGCAGAAGCUCUUUAUUCAAUUGAAUGUUCCUGUAACUUCAUGUCUGAUGUUGGGAAGGCGGGAGAGAAGAACCUCUUAGAAUUAGUGGAGCUGGCAGAACAAGCAUUGCAUAGCUUUUCUUACCAUCAACAUUACCCCCUAAUAAAGGAAAUCAUCUGCCUUUGUUCAAAGAUCUGGAAAUCUACACAGGCCAGUCCAUUACUACAAGGAGAAAGUCAGAAAGUGCUUCUGCACUUGAUGUCCCACCCAUUGCUGCAAGUGAAAGUUGAAACAUAUCGCUGCUGUUUGGAAAUUAUUAAGGAAUGUCUAGGUGUCCAUAAUGUCACUAAAUCUGUGUCCUCAAUUUGCAAUGGAAUUCAUUUUCUGCUUCAUCCAAAAGUUCUGUAUGAAAUCUCUACAUUUGGCAUUCAAGAACCCAAAUAUGAGGUGAAUGUUGCUGCCAAGGCCAUUCUGCUGUAUCUGCUUCAGGGCCAAUUGAUGAUGACAGCAAUGACCUGGAACAAGUUUAUCGAGUCUCUCUGUCCUGUCAUUCCAGUACUACAGGGCUAUGCAGACACAGAAGAUACUUUGGGUAACUGCAUUCUCCUUCUGAGCAAAGGGAGUGCAGAGGCAGGAGAGGAUAUUCUCCCUUCCACCACCCGAUUAAAGUCCAUGCUGCGACUCCUGCUAGUGAAGAAGCCAGGAGUCCGCUCCCUAGCAUUAAAGCUUUUAGCUUUUCAUCUUACAAAUGAAGAAGGGGCUGAUAGAAAGCGCCCUUUAGUAGAUGCCAAAGUCCUCUCCAGAGUUACUAAUUUAUUCAUUGUAAAAAAACAAAUCGAGCUCAAAUUGGAUGACAGACGAGAGCUGAUUAUUAAGGUGGAGACUGUUGAAAAAGUAUAUGACAUCUUUACCUCAGAUGAUGUUGAUCUUGUUCUGAGAAAGUCAGCUGCAGAACAGUUAGCUGUGAUUAUGCAAGAUAUUAAAAUGCAUGCUGUGGUGAAAAAAUUUUGCUUAAUUGACAAGAUAAUUGAGUAUUUAAAUCAAUGUGUGGAUCAAGAUGGUGAGGUUAUAGAAUGUAUGAUACAACCGUGCCUCACCCUCUUGAGAAAAGUUUUAUGUGCCGACCCAGUCAUGCGUGGUUCCCUCUCACAAGAGUCCUCUUUCUUGAUCGUGCUAUUCAGAGUUUCCUUGAUAUUCCAUGCAGAUCUUACUGUUGUGGCUGAAGUAGGAGCAUUAUUUUGUCUUCUCUUAUUUGAUGAAAUAUCAAGAAUGGACAUGUGGUCUGUUAAUCCUUCUGAUAAACCUUCUUCGCCAUCAGUCUUCAGUUUGCCCUUCUCAGUUGUUAGAAGGUAUCAUCUCCCAGUACUUGUAGUUGGCCAUCAUGCUGUGAGUCCUUACUCCAUAGUUUUGCCUCUGUCUGCUGAAUAUGUGGCCUUGAAGCCAGUGUCAGAGAUGCUGAGAAUAGCUUGGAAUCUGUCAUGGUAUCACGGAACGGAGAAUCUGCUGAAGCAAAUGAACUCCAAAGCUCAAAUCCAAGAAUUUUCAGAUACACUGAAGUUAUCCCCAGAGGAUGUCCUUACUCUGAAGAUAACGCACACGGCCAGUGGGCUGAAGGAUUGCCUCCAUGGCCUCGUGCAGGCGGCAGCCCACAGGGAGGUUAGGGCUGCCCUCACCAGGAUGAGCUUUUAUCUUCUGAAUGACCGACUGUCGUUAAAGGAUGGCACUGGCCUCUGUGGGGUUACCUUGAAGUCCUUGGCCUGGCACACGACACUGAGCAGGUUUUUGCAAGUGCUUCCUGCUUGCGCUGAAGAUGAGAAACUGCUAAUAGAUGUCAUACAUUUCUUGAAUAAGUUAAUGAAAGAACAAAGAAAAAAUUUGUCUGUAGAACUUCUAAACUGGAUUCUAGAAUUACUUCUUAGACCUCGUCCAAAUCCUCUAUUGGACCUGCUGGUUCCAACAGAGUCUCAGGCUGGAGAAGCAGCAGAGGACGUCCGGACUGCUGUCAGGCAACAACUUCAGGAGGAAUUGAUUGCUCUUUUCAAUACCUUGCUGUUCCGUUUCAUGGCAGUUACUGACAGGAAGUGCCUGGAACUUCUUUAUGUUUUCCAAACGCAGUUGGCUCUGAAACUGCUUCAGUGUCUGAGAGUGACUGACGCCCCCCAUUUCUACGGCCUGCCCUCCCUGGAGCGAACCUUACGAGGGAUGGCCCACCUCACGGCAGUCCCGGGCUGGAGCGCACACUCUGCUCUGACAAAGCCGCUGGAUGUUUGUGUGAAGUACUUGUCGGGUCUCCUAGAGGUCAUUACUUCUUUUUAUGUGGAACGUGGAGGAAAUGCUAUGUCCUUCAUGGGAAAAGGUGUCACAAAGAGCACAGUUAUUUGCUUGCUUCACUUAUCCCAUGAGAUGAUGGCCCAGGCCCAGAGCUCGGAUUGGAUGUCACUUUGGUUCUUGCCUCUGGGUGGUCACUGUGAAGAACAUGGUCCCAUUCAACAGGGCUUGGCUUGGCUGAUUCCAUUAUGGGUUGAUCGGGACCCAGAGGUGAGAUUCACGUCACUGGGACUAGGCUCAGCACUGACCACCCUGGAAGCUGGCUGUGUGGCCUUGGCAAACAGCUGUCAGAACAUUUCCGGUGGGCUGUGGGGAACUGUGGUGAACAUCCUUCUGGACCAUUCGGAAUGUAGUAUGGUGCGCCGAGAGGCUGCAUUCAUUCUUCAGAAUCUCCUUGUAAUUCCAAUGCCUACAGAAAUCAUAAAGGAUUAUACCUGGCAGGGCCCCUGUGUACAUGAUGAAGACUCCGGCCUGUCGCUCAUAGGAAAACCUGCCCUCCAGGCUCUUCUCUAUCACUGCCAUUUUUAUGAACAUUUACAUCAGAUGGUGAAGCAUUGUUACUUAGAACGCUAUACGUUCGAUUUGAGUUGUCCUGCGUUUGAUGGCACUCCUCAAGGCAGUGAUUUAAAUGGUUUAGAUGACUCAUUCAAGUUUUGGAGGGUUCCAUCUCGAAUGUCCAGCCAGGAUCGAGAUCCAAGUUCGCUCGCCACCUUGGAAACAACGGUGACACCUUCAUCAGGGAGUCCCGAAUUUCAUCCACUUGUGCCACCAACAAUGAUUAUAACUGAAGCCUCACGGGACCAGCUUAUAGCUCAAGGUCAACAUGAAACUCCGUCCCCGCAGCCUGCUCAUGACUCGUCCCUUUCUGCUCCUCUGCCCAAACAGUGUGUUUUGGUCACUCCAGCCCUUCUUUCAGCAGUCUGCAGCCUCUUAGACAACCUCCUGGUGUUUUCUCCAAGAGACACUGCAAAUGCUUUACGACAAGCCCAUCUCAUAGAGCUUCUCUGUAGUACAGUAGAUGCGACCCUCAUAGAGAAGUGCACCCACGAACUCAAGACCCCGUUGCCUUCUUUAUCUCCCAUUGAGCACAUCCGAGCUCAGGUUUCCUUUCUCCUAGAAUACUUGUCCUCUUUGUCCAGGUUUCUGCAGUCAUGUUUGUUGGCAGAUCCUGACCUUGUGAUUCAGGACGAGCUCCUGAAACCUCUGCUCAUGAACAUUGUCCGAGUUCUUGCCAUAUGCACAAAAGACAUAGGAGACAUGGAGGUAGUAUCAGCUUUUUAUCACACAUGGACACAUUUAUUUAACCUCCUGGCCACACUACUGAGGAAAGCUGGUGUCGUCUCUCUCCUAUCUGUUACCACAGCUCUGGCCAAGCACUGGGCGGCACUUACUGAUACAUUCUGCAAAUGUGUGGGAUUAUCUAUCACGUGUCCUACCUUAUAUACUGCCAGCCUGCAAUUCCUUUCUGUUCUCUUGACUGAAGAAGCAAAAAGACAUCUCCAGGAUAAGGACAAACCAAAUAUAUGCCACAGUCCAACAAUGGCUUUGCUUCUUGAUAAAAGUGAGGAAAAUCAGAAAUCUGUAGAACAACUUAAUGAAGGAAUUCUUCAGUCCUAUGAAGGAAAAUCCUCCAAGGAUGCCCUGAAAAAGGUUGCUGCGAAUGCGUUGCUGUCGCUCCUGGCUGUCAGUCGGCGGGCGCAGAGGCGCGCGCUGAGAGCUAACCUGAUAGACAACUGCAUGGAGCAGAUGAAGCAUGUUUAUGCACAACUGAACCUGGAGUCUCUGAGGCCGGGGAAAGCAGCGCUGAAAAAAAAGGAGGAUGGUUUUGUUAAAGAGUUAAGCAUUGCCAUGCAGCUCCUGAGAAAUUGUCUUUAUCAAAAUCAAGAAUGUAAAGAAGCCGCUUUUGAAGCUCAUCUUGUCCCUGUCUUGCACUCUCUCUGGCCUUGGCUUUUGAUGGAUGAUUCAUUGAUGCAAACUGCCUUGCAGCUACUUUGCGUCUAUACUGCAAAUUAUCCAAACGGUUGCAGUUCCCUUUGUGGGUCGAGUUAUGGACAAUAUCCCGUUCCAUCUGCGUGGAGAGGAAUGCCCAGCAACUCUCUGAUGCUGUGCAUCAUCAGGCUGGCUUCCCAGAUGCCCCUGGAGAAUGCCGCGGUCCAGCAGAUGGCCUUCAUGUUUCUUUCAAACCUAGCCUUGUCUCACGACUGUAAAGGAGUCAUUCAAAAGAGUAACUUCUUACAGAACUUUCUCUCUCUAACAUUGCCAAAAGGCGGAAAUAAACCUCUCAGCCAUCUGGCCGUCCUUUGGUUGAAGCUACUCCUGAAUAUAUCCUUUGGAGAAGACGGGCAGCAAAUGAUCCUGAGGCUUGAUGGCUGUUUAGACUUACUGACAGAGAUGAGCAAAUACAAGCAUAAGAGCAAUCCUGACAUACCUCUUCUUAUUUUUCAUAAUAUUUGCUUCAGUCCUGCUAACAAGCCCAAGAUACUGGCUAACGAAAAAGUCAUUACUGUGCUGGCUGCUUGUCUGGAAAACGAGAAUGAAAAUGCUCAGAGGAUUGGCGCCGCCGCACUUUGGGCUCUGCUUCACAAUUACCAAAAGGCAAAACCAGCUUUGAAAAAUCCGUCAAUAAAAAGAAGAGUGGAUGAAGCAUAUUCCUUAGCAAAGAAAACUUUCUCAAAUUCAGAAGCAAACCCUCUAAAUGCCUAUUAUUUGAAAUGUCUUGAAAACCUCGUGCAGCUGCUUAAUUCUUCGUGAGUGCCAGCAGAUGCUCUGCACAGAGCUGACAGUCACCUGAUGAGGAGCCCAGCCCGAGGCUGCGUGUAGCAGAGCGGCUGCUACCUGAGAGCAUGUGUCUCCGCUGCAGCGCAGCCCCCUUCCCAGGAGAGGAGGGACUGGUGGCGUCCAGAACUGCCCAUUCGCAGCAACUCGCUGUAAAUAUUACAAGAAGAUGAUGAUAAAAAAGGCAUAGAAAGUCCUGGGAACAUAAUCAUUUUUACAUUUACAUUUUACAUUUACAUUUUGCUAUGCAAUUUGCUUUGUAGAGGUUAUUUAAGUUAUUUAAUAAAGUAAGAUAUUUUUGGAAACUGAAAAUUGACUGAUAAUUGCUGU